CAACUUUGCUGAGACCUUGCCCUAGGGGAUAGGGGACUUGUUUUCUUCUCCGAGUCCCCCGAGGACUGGCUCUAGCAACUGCUGGUUUACUGGGUUCUAGCAGCCACACCCAGCUUUUUGUCUGAGCUUGGGGCAGACCUAUCAGGCAGGCUGGUCUCCGAUCUGUGAGGCGGCCUACACUACACACAGUCCUGUUGGAAGGGCAGAGUCACUCCUCAGAUCUCAAGAAGGCAGUUCCACUAUGGCCCUGAGCAUCUUGUCUGAGCAGUUCUGCAUCCGAAGGCCUCGCCAGAAGCCCCCCAGCACCCACACCAUGAAGGAGGAGGCCUUUCUCCGGCGCCGUUUCUCGCUAUGUCCGCCAGCUUCUACUCCGCAGAAGACUGACCCCCGGAAACUCCCACGGAACCUGCUUCUGGGCUGUGAAAAUGAGCUUGGUCCCAUCACCCCAGGAAGGGACAUGGAGUCCAACGGCCCAUCACAACCCAGAGAUGAAGAGCCCCUGACACCAGGCUCCGCCACGAAGGUGCCACUGGCCGAGUACAGGCUAUGCAAUGGAUCUGACAAGGAAUGUACCUCUCCAACGACCAGGGUCUCCAAGAAGGACACGCUCAAGGCACAGAAGGAGAAUUACCGGCAGGAGAAGAAGCGGGCCACAAAGCAGCUUUUCAGUGCCCUGACUGACCCCAGCGUGGUCAUCAUGGCUGACAGUCUGAAGAUCCGGGGGACCCUGAAGAGCUGGACGAAGCUGUGGUGUGUGCUGAAGCCUGGGGUGCUGCUCAUCUACAAGACACCCAAGGUGGGCCAGUGGGUGGGCACGGUGCUGCUGCACUGUUGUGAGCUUAUCGAGCGCCCCUCCAAGAAGGAUGGCUUCUGCUUCAAACUCUUCCACCCGCUGGACCAGUCUGUGUGGGCUGUGAAGGGCCCCAAGGGCGAGACUGUGGGCUCCAUCACACAGCCUCUCCCGAGCAGCUACCUGAUCUUCAGGGCAGCUUCUGAAUCAGACGGCCGCUGCUGGCUAGAUGCCCUGGAGCUGGCCCUUCGCUGCUCCAGCCUGCUUCGACUGAGCACAUGCAAGCAGGGCCGAGAUGGGGAGCAGGGGUCUUCACCUGAUGCCUCUCCCUCUUCCCUCUACGGACUGCCCACCUCGGCCACCAUCCCAGACCAAGACCUGUUCCCGUUAAAUGGGUCAGCCUUGGAGAAUGACGCGUUCUCAGACAAGUCAGAGAGAGAGAAUGCUGACGACUCAGAUGCUGAGACCCAGGAUCACAGCCGCAAGACCAAUGAGAGUGGGAGUGACCUGCUGGACAGCCCUGGUGGGCCACGGAGGGGAACCACGUAUGUAGAGCAGGUCCAGGAGGAGCUGGGAGAGCUGGACGAGACGUCCCAGGUGGAGACAGUGUCAGAGGAGAACAAGAGCCUGAUGUGGGUGCUGCUGCGACAGCUGCGGCCGGGCAUGGACCUGUCACGUGUGGUGCUGCCGACCUUCGUGUUGGAGCCUCGGUCCUUCCUCAGCAAGCUCUCUGAUUACUACUACCAUGGAGACCUGCUCUCCAGGGCAGCAGCAGAGGAUGACCCCUACUGCCGCAUCAAGCUUGUGCUACGGUGGUACCUGUCUGGCUUCUACAAAAAGCCCAAGGGCAUCAAGAAACCCUAUAAUCCCAUUCUGGGGGAGACUUUUCGCUGCUGCUGGCUGCACCCUCAGACCAACAGUCACACCUUCUACAUAGCAGAACAGGUGUCUCACCAUCCUCCAGUGUCUGCCUUCUACGUCAGCAACAGGAAAGAUGGCUUCUGCAUGAGCGGCAGCAUCACAGCCAAGUCGAAGUUCUACGGGAACUCUCUGUCAGCGCUUCUGGAUGGCAAGGCUAAGCUCACCUUUUUGAACCGCAAGGAGGAGUACACCCUCACCAUGCCCUAUGCCCACUGCCGAGGGCUCCUGUACGGCACCAUGACCAUGGAGCUGGGAGGUAAAGUGACCAUACAGUGUGAGAAGAACAAUCUCCAAGCUGAACUGGACUUCAAACUCAAGCCUUUCUUUGGGAGCAGCACCAGCAUCAACCAGAUUUCUGGGAAGAUCACAUCAGGGGAGGAAGUCCUGGCCCGCCUCACUGGACACUGGGACAGAGAUGUAUUUAUCAAGGAAGAGGCCAGUGGAGGCACCAAGCUCUUCUGGACUCCUAGUGAGGAGGUCCGCAGGCAGCGGCUGAAGCGGCACACGGUGCUGUUGGAAGAGCAGAGUGAACUGGAGUCUGAGAGGCUCUGGCAGCAUGUCACCAGGGCCAUCCAUGAGGGUGACCAGCACAAAGCCACCCAGGAGAAGUCUGUGCUGGAAGAGGCGCAGCGGCAGCGUGCCCGUGAGCACCAGCAGAGCCUCACUCCAUGGAAGCCACAGUUGUUCACCCUGGACCCACUCACUCAGGAAUGGCGCUACCAAUAUGAGGACUACAGCCCUUGGGACCCGCUAAAGGACAUUGCCCAAUAUGAGCAAGAUGGGAUUCUUCACACUCUACAGAGGGAGACUAUGUCUGGACAGACAGCCUUCCUGGGAAGUCCAGAGUCCAGGCACAAGAGGCCUAGCUCUGACCGGCGGCUCCGCAAAGCCAGUGACCAGCCCUCUGGCCAUAGCCAGGUCACUGAGAGCAGCGGCUCCACACCUGAGUCCUGCCCAGACCUCUCUGAUGAGGACUUUGUUCCUGGUAAUGAGAGCCCGUGUCCUCGGUGCAGGCGAGAGGUACACCGGCUAAGGAUGCUACAAGAGGCAGUGCUGUCCAUUCAGGAAGCUCAGCAAGAGCUGCAUCGGCACCUUUCAGCCAUGUUGAGAUCCACAGUGCGUGCUGGGCAGGCGCCGGCCCCCGGCCUCCUGCAGAAUCCCCGCUCCUGGUUCCUGCUUUGCAUCUUCCUGACAUGUCAGCUAUUCAUUAACUAUAUCCUCAAAUAAGAGCCCUUGGAAUCAGCAAGGUGAUGCCUGAAGAACUCCCUCCUAGGCACCCAGCACUUUACACCGGCCUGCAGAGACAGUGGGGCCCACAGGCAGGGCCACUGGGACAGAAGGGUCCUCAUACAAGAGGAUGACAGGUGGGGCCUGGGGCUAUGAGGGUGCUGUGACUCCUGCUGUAGGACCCUCCAGGAAGCACUGGCCUCUCCUACAGAGUCCUCCACCUAGCACCGGCCUUAAUGCUAAAGCCAAAUGUGGUUUCUGCCCUGCAGCGUGCCCCUGGUAAUCUCGAGUUGCCACUCCCAAGCCAGCCCCCACUGGCCAUAUGGCAUCAUAUCUGGGGGUCAGGAGGGCCUGUGCAGGCUUUGGACAGCCACUUGCCACAGCAGAGGAGAGAGUGAGGUUUCCAGGAGCAGCAGGAAGGAAGACCCCAGAAUUCCCCAGGGCUCUUUGAGUGGUAAUGUUGACUUCUGGAGAGUCUGCCCACCUUGUGCUCACACAAGCAUGGACAGGACACUGGGACUUUUAUCCUGUUGUUAAGCUGUUUCCACAGAAGCCCGUUCAGGUAGUUACUUCACCCACAUUGGCCCUAUAGCCAGAGGAGUGCCCUGGCUAACUGCAGUGUGAGCUUGUAAGCAACAGAAGUGCCCAGGAGCUGACCCCAAAGGCCAGGAAGGCUCGAGCUUGCCACUUUCCCUGACCAAUACAGUCUUCCCAUCCUGUUGACAUUCUGACUACAUAUAAAUUGCAAUAUUUGAGGCAGCUCUGUGCAGUGAGCAGCCUCUGCAUCCAGACCCUGACCCUAUGUGGAUGAUGCUCUGUGUAUACGUGUGUGUGUGUGUGUGUGUGUGUGUGUGUGUGUGUGUGUGUGUGUAUGUGGGCACCUAUGCAUACUCACAUUCAGAGCCUUAAUACCUAGUUGGUGCCAUCUCCACUGUAUCUGAUCCUUCAUUUCUGAGUUUUGUAUCCAUUUGUCUCUCUCCUUCCUCAGCCUGGGGGUAUGUCUGCUCCAUGCCUUGAAAUAAAUGGAAAUACAUGUA